GCCCCGCAUUGCCUGCGCACGCAGAACGCCCAGUCCAGCCAUGCACCCAUCCUCGGACCUUUGCUCGUCAUUGCCCCUUGCGCAUUGGCCCAUUCAGCGCCAAGAGACUCGCUCGCUCGCUCGCCCCUCGCGUGGCGUCGCGUGGCAUUCUAUUACAUAAUCAUUCGCCACUCACCACGUGGUUCUGACCAAAAGUUGAAGAUCGUCCAUCGCAGAACUUACAACAACACCAUUGACAGCAGCAUCAUGGAGAGAUCAACAACAAGACCACACGACGAGCCAGAGACCGCACCAGCGGUCGUCGCGGAGCCAGCCCACCGCCCAGACGGAAGAGGAUACAUUGACGACGCGGACGCCCUCGACAAUGUCACCGAAGCUGGCGGCGACGAUGCGUCGUCGGACGGCUCGAGCAUCGAGGAGGAGGACACCGAGGACGAGCGGAGCCACGGCGGGUGGCCGCUCGAGGCGGGGGCGGACGAGGCCGAGCUGGUGGAUGAGCUGAGCGACGACGAGAUGCUCGAGUGGGGCGUCGAGGACGAGGACUGGGAGCUGGCCGACGGUAACUUCACAAAGCAGUACAACCGCGUACGGCAGUCGUACGCCGCGACGGACGCGACCGCCGGCCCGUCCAACGCCCUGCCAGCGCGCAACACGCACGCCCUGCGCACGCAGCGCGCGGCCCCAGCGACCGCCGGCAGCCUGAGCAAGAAGCUCGUCAACCCCGCCAUUUUGGCUGGCGGCGUAGCUGCCAACCCCAAGAGCGUGGCGGACCGCGCCAACCAGAAGGACAAGGCCGACCGCGCGACGCAUGAGCAGGUGCUCGACGCGCGCACGCGCCUCGUGCUCUCGGCGCUCGUGAACCGCGGAUACUUUUCCGUCAUUGAGCACUGCAUCUCGACGGGCAAGGAGGCAAAUGUCUACCUCGCGUUCCCAGGCGACAAUGUGCCCCCCGAGCCGUCGCCAUACCCGCCCACCAUCGCCGUCAAGAUCUACCGCACGUCCAUCCUCAACUUCCGCUCGCGCAAGAGCUACAUCGAGGGCGAGCACCGCUUCCGCGGCGGCUACACGUCUGCCAAGAACCCGCGCAAGAUGGUGCGGCUGUGGGCCGAGAAGGAGCUGCGAAACCUCCGCCGCCUGGUACAGGGUGGUGUGCGCGCUCCGGUUGUCAUCGAGCAGCGGGAGAACGUCCUCGUCAUGGAGUUUCUGGGACAGGGGAGCACUGCCUCACCACGGCUCAAGGACGCGGAAAUCUCAAACUCGAAACUCCCCCGUCUGUACGGCGAGCUCCUCGUCGCCAUGCGCCGCAUGUUCCACCACUGCCACCUCGUGCACGCCGAUUUGAGCGAGUACAACAUCCUCUACCACGCGGGGCACGUGUACAUUAUCGACGUGUCCCAGAGUGUGGAGCACGACCACCCGUCCGCAUUCGACUUUUUGCGCUCUGACAUCCGCAACGUCGAGGACUUUUUCCAGCGCCGCUCCGGCGGCGAGGUGCGCACGCUGGGUAUCCGGCGCACGUGGAGCUUUAUCGUCGACGAGAGCGUCGGCCUCACGCCCGAGGAGGAGCAGGGCGACGCAGGCGAGGACCGCCUGCUCGACAUCCUCAAGACAUGGCUCGACGCCGAGCCCGAGGCGGCGGCGGGCGAUGCUGUGGCUGCCACGUCGGAGCAGAAGGCGGUCGACGACGCCGUCUUCUUCAGCUCGUACAUCCCCCGCAGCCUAGGCGAGGUGUACGACCCCGAGCGUGACGUCGAGCUGCUCCGCAGCGGGCAGGGCGACAAGCUUAUCUAUGCCGGCGUGACUGGGCUGCAGAUUGCCGACGGCAAGGGUGGCGAGGCUGAGGCUGAGGCGGGGGCCGAGGCAGAGGCAAAGGCUGAGGUCAAGGCCGAGGUCAAGCCCAAGGCUGCGGCCAAGGCUGAGGGCAAGGUUGAGGCUGAGGCCGAGGUGCCAGCAGCGCCAGUGGAAGUGGCGGUGGACGCCGAGAAACCUGCCGACACCGACGCCCCUUCCAAAGCGCCCAAAACGGUCCGCUUUGAAGGCGACGAUGAGGAAGAAGAGGACGAUGGCAGCGACGACGACGACGCCCCCACCGAGAGGAAAUCGCGCGGAUUCCGUCACGAGGACAAGGAGGCCAAGAAGGAGCGGAAAAAGGCGCUCAAGGAGGAGAACCGCGAGAAGCGUCAGAACAAGAUGCCCAAGGGAGAGAAGAAGAGGCUUAUUAAGAAGUCUGGGCGGUCAUAGGGGCUAGCGGCAUUAGAUCAUAGAGGGGAG